AUGGCCCAAUUAGGUAGAGGAGAAGUUUUUGUAGAAAAAAAAGAUCAUUAUACCCUUAGACAAGAAGAAUUUGAUAGAACCAAGUUCAAAGACUUUAUCCCAGCUUGGGAGAACAAGAAGUUAGAACCUUUGAAAUUCUUCAAACAUAUUGAUAAAGGAAGUUUGGCAGAUCCUGCAUUUCCAAACUUAUUACCAAAGGAUCAAGACAUCAAAGUCUCAAGAAUUACGCCAAAGUUGGGUACUGAAGUCGAAGGUAUUCAAUUAUCAUCAUUGAAUGAUGAGGGUAAGAACGAGUUAGCUUUGUUGGCAGCUCAAAGAGGGUUAUUAAUCUUUAGAAAUCAAGAUUUUACUACCCAUGGUCCUCAAUUUGCUGUAGAUUAUGGUAAAUAUUAUGGUCCGUUACAUAUUCAUCCAGUUUCUGGUGCUCCUUUAGGAUUUCCUGAAAUCCAUGUUGUUUAUAGAAACAAGGAUGUUAAAUUUGGUAAUACAACUUUUGAUCAAAGAACUAAUUUGGUCUAUUGGCACAGUGAUAUUACCUAUGAAUUGCAACCUCCUGGUAUAACUUUUUUCUCGGUCUUAGAGGGUCCUGAUGCUGGAGGUGAUACUAUUUUCACCGACAGUGUUGAAGCUUAUAAAAGAUUGUCACCAGAAUUCCAAAAGUUACUUGAUGGUUUAUAUGUUGAACAUUCUAGUGUUGAGCAAGCUAAUUAUUAUAGUGAAUCUGGAGGAGUUCAAAGAAGAAAACCAGUGAAAAACAUUCAUCCUUUGGUAAGAGUUCAUCCUGUCACUGGAGAAAAAAUUCUUUUUGUCAAUCCCCAAUUCUCUCGUAAAAUCGUUGGUUUCAAACAACAAGAAAGUGAUGCUUUAUUAAAUUUCUUAUACAACCAUCUCAACAAUUCCCAUGAUAUCCAAGCGAGAGCUAAAUGGGAGCCAAAUACUGUGGUUAUUUGGGAUAAUAGAAGAGUUUUACAUUCAGCUAUUUUUGAUUGGGAUGAAACUGAGGAUGAUGUUACCAGAUUUGCUGUUAGAGUCACUCCUCAAGCUGAAAGACCAGUUGCUGAUUUAAAAGAUCUUAACAAAGAAGACGUUAACAGGUUAGCUUAG